GUUCAAUUGCCUUGGGUUUAUCCAGGCGUAUCAGGGUUAUCAGGCAUAUCAGGCUGCAUGGUCUUGGGUCAAUCUACGUUAUGCGCCGACGACUAUGUUAGGCCGCGCUGGGGAAGCUUGUUAACAUGUUUGCAAAUACACCUCGCUCCACCGUUCAGCGAGUCUUUCAAAGCAAUUUAGAAAUUGCUGUGCUUAAAACACCAGUCGCGACUUGCGACCUUAGUCGAGGUCGAGGCCGCGUGACGGGCGUGAGUAGAACGUCAUGCAUGAAUUGUGUUGCCACAAAUGACAGUCUAAGUAGGGCAGUUUUGUACUUUCACCUAAACUUGACCCAGUGAAGGCUGCUGCAGAUGAUGGAACAAGACCAGUAACAAGGAUAUCAUGCAAUAAUUGUUUACCUUCAUUUUUCAAACACAGGUUAAAUGGCAAAGUCAAGGCGCUGGUCGUACCGGUAUCCCCCCGGCUGGUGGAACCAGUACCCACCGGCGGUGUACGUCUGCUUGGCGGUGCUGCUGUCGGCCUGCGGCGCUGAUGACGCUCACUGUGUGCGAGCUGCACCGCAUGCAGCGUGAGAGCCAGUACCCGCCGGUGGGGGACGCUGCGCGCGCCGAGGCCGGAGACGUGCGCCGCGUCUGGGUGGCCGGCAACAACGUCGACUCUGGAUACCUGACUCACGUGCUGAACGUAUUCAGUAGACUGGGGUAUGUCCGGAGCACAGAGCAGAGCUUUGACGUGCUCUGGUCACACCCAUAUCCUUUCAGCACGUACAAUGCCACCCUCAUGGGACUGAAGAAUAACCAAAAGGUUAAUCAUUUCCCUGGGUCCGGAUUUAUCACAUCCAAGGUUGAGCUGUCAACAAGUGGAAUCAAGCACAUCCCUACUGCAUUCAAAAUGCCGAAGGAACGGGAACAGCUUCUGGAAUACGCCAAGAACAACCCGGAUACGUUGUUCGUGCAGAAAUCCAACAGCCACCGCGACAUCAAGAUCAAGAGCCUGGACGGCAGCGAUCUGGAGUCCAACAGCACCUUCUUCCAGGAGUACAUCGGCAACCCGCUGCUGAUCGACGGCCACAAAUUCGACAUCGGCAUCUACACAGUGAUGACGUCACUGGACCCGCUGCGAGUGUAUAUCUACUGGGGCGACGUGCUGCUCAGGUUCUGCGCCGAGAAGUACCACCCGUUCGACUCGGCCGUGCUCGACAAGUACGUGGUGGGCGACAACUACCUGCCGGUGUGGAAGGUGCCCUCGUUGGGCCGCUACCACAGCCAGCUGCAGCUCGGCCACCGCGAGUCGCUCAACGCCUUCCUCCGCUCGCAGGGGAAGGACCCGCAGAAGAUCUGGGACCAGAUCGAGGAGUCGAUCCGCUCCGUCUACUUCGUCAAGGAGGCAGCCAUGGUUCGCUCGGCGAAGCGGUUCGCCAGUACGCGUCAGUUUUUCGAGAUGGUGCGCUUCGACUUCGUCGUGGACGACCAGCUGAAUGUUUACCUCAUGGAGGCCAAUAUGUCGCCGAACCUUUCGUCGGCCCACUUCAAGCAGAACACGCCGCUGUACGAGCAAGUGGUGUACAACCUGCUGUGUCUGGUGGGGCUGGCCUCCCGGCUGCGUACCGAGCUAGCCGGCGUGCACACGGGUCCGGUGGCUGAGAUGCAGGCGGCCGACAAGGACUUGGCGGUGUAUGGUCUGGAGUGCGGCUCCUCCGCCUGUCUGGGGUCGUGUUCAGGCAUCUGCCGUGUCUGCCUGCCCUGCCUCUCGCGACCCCAGAAGGCGGUGCUGCGUCAGGCGCUGCUGGAGCACGUUAACCGCAACCUCUGCCGACGCAUCCUGCCGGCGCAAACGACGCGGGAGGAAGCCAGUACCGGUCUCCAAGGCCUGCAGAAUCUCACCUCCUCCAAUCAGCUGAUGCACCUCUGGUUCCGCGGCAAGUGCCUGCUGGACGCCGCCUGGUGUUAGCGGGGACCGUUCCGGCGCCUCGCCGCCGGGGGUCGGCCGGGCCUGGUCCCGGACUCGGACCAGCGCUGCGGAUUGGUGCAGGAACCAGAGAACCUCGCUGCUCCGGCAGGCCGGGCUGGUUCAG